AAAAAAAAGAAAAAGAAAAAAAAACAACGUGAACUACGUCAACUACAAAAAAAAACCAGAAACGUUGUUGCAUUUCAAGAUCUGGAUUUUGUAUUCAACCAAAUUUCAGAUAUUUGCUUCCAAAAAUUCCAUUUCCGAAAAGCAUUUCCAUUUCCAGUUCUCAUCAACACAAAAUCAGCUUUUGUUCCGACUCUGAGCUCACAGUUCGAUCCGAAUUUCCCACCAAAUUCUGCUUCCAGAAAACAAAAUCGGGAGCUUGGAUCGGCAACCGCACAAAUGUUGCCGCCUAGGUUUUCCUCGAUUUUUGGCGGCGGAGGAGCCAACGCGAAGGCCUCGAAGAGAGAUGUUUUGCCGUCUCUGAAGCUCCAAACCGACAAGGAAGUGUACGGCCCCGGCGAUCCGGUUGUCGUGACCGUCGAGAUUGGAAACCCCGGCGGCAAUAGCGACUCGGCUUUUUCGCUUUUGGUCGAGCGGCUAAGCUUUGAGAUCAAAGGUAUUGAGAAGUUAGACACGCAGUGGUUCGCCACGCAGAAGCCUCUCCCCGGAUCGAAGCAGAGGAGAGGUGAGUAUGUGUUCGCGGAAGGAUCGACGACGGCGCUGGUGUCGAAUCAGAUUGUUUCAGCUGGGGCAACCAAGUCAUAUGUGGUGAGAACGUUGCUACCAAAUGUCAUACCACCAUCAUACAAGGGUGCUACCAUUCGCUAUCUGUACUAUGUUCGGAGCACAAUAUCUGGGCAGUGGUUGAUACUGGAAAACCCCCAUUCUCGUGGAGAGUCGGUGAAAGGUUUUACUGAAUUGGAGGCUCGUGUCCCAUUUCAAGUAUGGGUCACUCAGAAAAACAAUGGCUUGCCAGUGGAAGAAGGUCAAAAUGAUGGGAUUGUUCCUUCUACGGUCAUCCAAAUGGACAUAUUUUGGAAAGAGGCAGAUGGGGACUGUGAUUGGGUUAGAGCAAACGAUAUUUAUGAUGGCAUUGAAGAAGGUUAUGAAAGCUCCAAGGAUGAGAUAUCAUCUGUUUCUUCGUACAAUCCCUUGAAAGACAGAACCUUUGGAAGUUCUAUGUCCUUGCAAUCAUAUGCAGCAAGGUCAUCAUUUAAAGAUGGUGCAUAUCUUGAAGGAGAGCGUCCAAGUUUGUCUUUGAAUUUAGCACUUCCUCGGCUCUCUGUGGCUGAAGUAUUAUAUGAUUCUGGUGCUGAUAUUUUGUCACCCAACUCGUCUCAAAGUCAGCAGCAGAAGCUCAAAAAGUCUCUUUCUGCAGAUGAUGAAGCAGGGGCACCCUCAUCACCAGCAGCCAGAACUGUUGAGCCUCCAACAUCAGAAGGUUUUACUCGAGGAAGGUCUUACAAUAUCCGAAUGGAUGACCAUGUUCUGCUCAGAUUUUCCCCUAAAAAUUCUGAGUCAAUUUAUUAUUUUAGCGACAUGAUUGGCGGAACUCUUACUUUCUUUCAUGAAGAAGGAGCUAGAAGAUGCCUUGAGGUUUCAAUAACACUAGAGACUUCAGAAACGAUAAGUCGGCGAUUUGUCCAUCCUUCUCGAAGGAAUUCCCCUACAAUCACAAAGGUUCAAAGUGAUCAUUACGAGGUUGUUGCUGAUUUAGUGCAGACGAGCUUCCUGUUUUCCAUUCCCAUGGAUGGGCCUAUGUCUUUUUCCACUCCUCAUGUAUCUGUUCAAUGGGCCCUUAGAUUUGAAUUCUUUACCACUCCAAAAAAUCUUGAUUGGACCAGAUACGAACAUCCUCUUCUUAUAGAGGGAAGAGAGAAAAGUGAGUGGGUUCUUCCUAUUACAGUCCAUGCACCUCCACCCUGCGCUUCUGCUCCUCAUACCCGAAAUGAGAAGCCUUUCUCCUUGGAACCCUUGUGGGUGCGAAAUUGAUUGAGGUUGUCUUUGUGCACCACUUGUCGAUAACACCAGCUAAAGAUGUAGACGUCAUGAUUAUGACAUUUUUCUCAGAUUGGCCUUUGCUGGCUCAACAGCUGUAUUUUCUUUUUUAAUUUUUUUAAUAGUGUGAGAAGACCCUUGUUGUUGAGGUGCUACAGUGGAAUCUCUUGCUUGUUUGAUGAAAUAUUUUUUGAGGCUUUUGUGUAACGCCUGCAGGGUCUAUAUUUUUGUUCCCCCUCAACAUUUCGGUUCGAGUUUAAAUUUGUACAUUCUUCUUCGUAAAGAUUCAUAAGUUCAAUUGUAGUUGUAAA